AUGGAGGCUGCUCAGCACAAGGUGCGCACGCCAGAAGAGGCCGUCGCCAGAAUCGCCUAUCUCGCCUCCGACGUCGUUUUCUCUGUACAGCCCUCUCUAGCAACCGAUUCCGAGUUCUCUACCCAUCUCAAGCGAUAUGCUGCCCGCAAGGACCAUAGUCUCGUCGCUGCCGGCGCUGGCGCUGUCCCCCAUAUCCUCCCGGUCCGCCAUAAUGCUGACCCGCUGCUCUCCGUCUUUUCCCCGAUCCGCGCUGGCAAGCUCGUCUCCGUCACCGCGCCCUCCUCGGUGCUGCUGCCCGGCAUAACCCACCUUUACAAGCUGGCCGACUACCCCGUCGUCCUGCACGUCGCCCUGCAGCAGCCCCGUCGCGCCGCCGACUAUUCGGUCAUCACCGCCAUCCGCAACGCCGGCUGGACCUUUGUCCAGUCCGAGGCCCUCCAAGAUGCUCAGGACAUGGCCAUCACUGCCCACGCCCUCGCCGUCCGCACUGGCAAGGGCGUUGUCCACUUCUUCGCCCCCGAGACCUCGGCCCGCGACGCUCCCAUUGCCGUUGAGGAUCCCGCCGUCGUCGCUAACCUGCUCGACCUCGACAGUGUGCGCCGCUUCCAGUCCGGCUCCGUCCCGGCUAGCAGCUUGUACGCCGAUGACGGCCACGUCGCCGUCUCGUCGGACCAUCCCGAUGUGAGCCUCAAUAACGGCGCCGGCGGCGUCGCCAACUUGCGUCCGCACCCGAGCGUCGUCGACGCCUCCAAGCCCACCUCGGCCGGCACGUCUGUCAAGUCGAGCCAGCCCAGCGAGCCCGGCAGCCCCGGCGCGGCCUCCUCCGUCGCCACCACCGUCGAGUCUGCCCCGCCCCCGGUCACCUCCGAGGACAUUUACACCUGCGCCACCCGCAUCUGGGCGAGUCUCUACUCUGCCGUCGGCCGCCAGUACAGCGCAUUCGAGUACACCGGCCCGGACGACGCCGCCAACUGCCUUUUCAUCUUUGGCGCCGACACGGCCACCUUUGCGCAGGUCAUCGACAAUGCCAAGCCCGAUGAGAUUUUUGCCCGCACCGGCAUCGUCACGCCGCGCCUCUACCGACCCUGGCUCGGCUCCAAGCUUGUCGACACCCUGCCCGCCACCGUCAGGCGCAUCGCUGUCCUCGAGCAGAUUCACCGCAGGACCACCAAAUGGGGCCCGCUACUCAUCGACGUUGUCUCCUCCGUCAGGAGCGGACCCGGCGGCGUCGAGACUAUUGUCGGCCACCAGCUCGGCUACAUUGCCGCAGAGGCCGCUGACCAGGCCCUCCGCGGCAUCCUCCAGAAUCUCACCUCCGACGCGCCCCUCCAGAACCUCGAGGUCGGCGUCCGCGAUACCCCGUCCACCGCCCAGCGCGGCGACCAGGCCCUGUCCGUGCCUGCGCUCGAGACGGCUUACUCCAAGAUUCUUGACCAGCUCUUUGGCAAGCGCACAUACAUUGCCAAUGCCUUACGGUCCCAAAACACGGGCCUUUCGUCCACCGUCGCCGCCACCCCCGAGUUUGGCUUCGGUUCGCUGAUUGCCCGCAAGCACCUACGCAAACACUUUGUGAGCGAGGUCAAGGCGGCCGCCAAGAGCAGCGACUUCAUCACCGACGGUCCCAAGAAUUGGCUCGCCAAGUGGGCCGUCGUCGCCGACGAUCUGUCCAAGUCGACCGAGAUUGCCGACGACGUCAUCUCGCGUCUGCAGACUGACGGAUCGCCCAUCGCUCAGAAACUGCUCAAGAAGCAGGGUCUCUUCCGCAAGGAGUCACUGUGGCUUGUUGGCUCUGACGCCUGGUCCUACGACCUCGGUAACUCUGGCGUGCACCACGUCCUCGCCUCUGGCGAAAACAUCAACAUGCUCAUCAUCGACUCCACCCCUUACUCUGAAAAGUCCAACGCCGACGCCAACCGCCGAAAGAAGGACAUUGGUCUCUACGCCAUGAACUUUGGCAACGUCUACGUCGCCUCGACUGCCGUCUAUAGCUCUUAUACCCAGGUCCUUCAGGCCAUGCUCGAGGCGGACAAGUUUGACGGCCCCUCUGUCGUUCUGGCCUACCUACCCUACUUUGGCGAGUCUGACUCGCCCCUCACCGUUUUGCAGGAGACCAAAAAGGCCGUCGACGCCGGCUACUGGCCCCUGUACCGAUGGAACCCCAAUAACGAGACAAAGGGCGAGCCCAAUUUUUCGCUCGACUCGGAGCUGAUCAAGAAGGAGCUCAAGACGUUUCUCGCGCGCGACAACCAACUCACCCAGCUCAUGAACAAGGAGCCGCAAUUCGCGGCCAGUCUGGCCCAGGACUAUGGUACCGAGGUGCGCGCGCAGCAGAAGCGCAAGGCCAAGGACGCAUACAACCAGCUGCUCGAGGGUCUGCUGGGAGCCCCUCUCACCAUUCUCUACGCCUCGGACAACGGCAACGCGACCUCUCUGGCCAAGAGGCUUGGUAACCGAGGCCGCGCUCGAGGUCUGAAGACGACGGUUCUUGCCAUGGAGGACUACCCCCUCGAAGACCUCGCUACCGAGGAGAACAUUGUCUUUCUUACCUCGACGGCUGGACAGGGAGAGUUUCCUCAAAACGGUCUUGCUUUCUGGGAGGCCAUCAAGGAUAACACCGAUCUUGAUCUGGCCACUGUCAAUUACUCGCUCUUUGGCCUUGGCGACAGCCACUACUGGCCCCGCAAGGAAGACAAAAUCUACUACAACAAGCCGGCCAAGGACCUGGACCGCGUCUUGACCAACCUCGGCGGCAAGCGUCUCGCUGAUAUCGGCCUCGGCGACGACCAGGACCCGGACGGCUACCAGACGGGCUACGCCGAGUGGGAGCCCAAGAUCUGGCAGGCCCUCGGCGUCGACAACGUCUCCGGCCUCCCUGACGAACCCCCGCCCAUCACCAACGAGGACAUCAAGCUGGCUUCCAACUUCCUCCGCGGCACCAUCCUCGAGGGCCUCGCCGACACGUCCACCGCCGCCAUCUCGGCCGCUGACCAGCAGCUCACCAAGUUUCACGGCACCUACAUGCAGGACGAUCGUGACGUGCGCGACGAGCGCAAAGCGCAGGGUCUCGAGCCUGCCUACUCCUUCAUGAUCAGAUGCCGCUUGCCGGGCGGCGUCUCGACCCCGCGGCAGUGGGUGCAGAUGGACGACAUUGCCAACGAGCUCGGCAACGAGACGAUGAAGUUGACGACGCGUCAGACGUUUCAGUUUCACGGCGUCGUCAAGGGCAAGCUCAAGCCCGCCAUGCAGGCCAUCAACCGCGCGCUCAUGACGACGAUUGCCGCCUGCGGCGACGUCAACCGCAACGUCAUGUGCAGCUCGCUGCCGACGCAGUCCAAGUACCAUCGCCAGGUCUACGCGUGCUCCCAGAAAAUCAGCGACCACCUGCUGCCGUCGACAAACGCCUACCACGAGAUUUGGCUGACGGAAGACGACGGCGACGACAAGAAGAAGAAGACGCAGGUCGCCGGCGAGGCGGUCCAAGACUUUGAGCCCCUGUACGGACCGACCUAUCUCCCGCGCAAGUUUAAAAUCACCAUUGCCAUCCCGCCUCACAACGACACCGACGUCUACGCGCACGACAUUGGGUUGAUUGCCAUCAAGGGCGCAGACGGCAACCUCGAGGGCUUCAACGUGCUGGCCGGCGGCGGCAUGGGCGCCACGCACAACAACAAGAAGACCUAUCCGCAGACGGGCCGCAUGUUUGGCUACGUCGCGGCCGCCGACGUGCACAUUGCCUGCGAAAAGAUUAUGCUCGUGCAGCGCGACCACGGCGACCGCAAGAACCGCAAGCACGCGCGUCUCAAGUACACCAUUGACGACAUGGGCGUCGACGUCUUCCGCGGCAAGGUGGAGGAUCUCUGGGGGGCAAAGUUCCAGCCCGCCAGGCCGUUUGAGUUUCAGUCCAACGUCGACACGUUUGGCUGGGUCAAGGACGAGACGGGCCUGAACCACUUUACCUUUUUCAUCGAAAACGGCCGCAUCGAGGACACGCCCUCGUUCCAGAUGAAGACGGGCCUCCGCGCCAUUGCCCAAGUGCACAAGGGCGAGUUUCGCCUCACCGGCAACCAGCACCUCAUCCUCAGCAACGUGCACGACGACGACCUCGCCGCCAUCAAGCUGCUCAUGAAAAAGUACGCCCUCGACAAUGUGCACUUUUCCGGCCUCCGCCUCAGCUCGUCGGCCUGCGUCGCUUUCCCCACCUGCGGCCUCGCCAUGGCCGAGUCGGAGCGCUACCUACCCGUGCUCAUCACCAAGCUCGAAGACUGCCUCGCCGACGCGGGUCUCCGCCAAGACUCCAUCGUCAUGCGCAUGACGGGCUGCCCCAACGGCUGCGCGCGGCCCUGGCUCGCCGAGGUGGCCUUUGUCGGCAAGGCCUUUGGCGCGUACAACAUGUACCUCGGCGGCGGCUACCACGGGCAGCGCCUCAACAAGCUGUACCGCUCGAGCAUCAAGGAGCCCGAGAUUCUCGACAUUAUGAAGGGUUUGCUGCGGCGCUAUGCAAAGGAGAGGGAGCAGGGGGAAAGGUUUGGCGAUUGGUGCAUACGUGGGGGUGUGAUUAAGGCGACGACGGACGGGACGAACUUUCAUGAUGAUGUGGCGGAAGAGGAUGAGGAGGAAGCGUAA